AGUCACGCAGCAGCCGACCAUCUCUAGCAAGCUUUGAGCUGCUCACCUGUGGCUUUUGGUGACUGGCCCUGUUGAAGUAGCGUCGUUUGGCCCGGUAACAAUCAGUAACAAUUUGCCCGCGAAAACGGUUAAAACGCUGUAGCGCGAGAAUUUCGAUUGCGUUACGCGAGCAGCAAACACAAAAAAAAAAAAAACAAAAUACAAACAAGACGAAGUGGAAGCACAAAACAGGAACAAAAACAACAACAGCCGCAGCAGCAGCAGCAACAAAAAAAAUAUAUAUUUUUACGUGCGCAUGCGCCUCACACUUUAUCUUCGCAAUUCGCCAUCGCCGUCACCGACACCGUCGCCGUCGUCGUCAGCGUCACCGUCUCCGUUUGUGUCUCUCGCGCACUUAUCUUUUGUUGUUGAUUGAUUUCGACUCCAAACAACAGUUUGCUUAUACCCAAUACAUACGUGUGUGAGCGUAUUUGCAUGUGUGCCUGUAUGUGUGUGCAUGCGAAAAACGAAAAGAAACACACAAAUUAAAUAACACCAAAAUUUGUGUAAAAUUAAAUACAAUUAAAUAAAGCAAUUGGAAAUAGUGAACAACAACAAACAAGAGCAGAGCAACCAUAACAAGGGCAUUCUAACUUUUAUACACACACACACAUUAACGGAUUGUUUAUUUAAGCGCCAUGUCUACGCCGACCUCGCCCAAAACUCCGACACCGCCCACACUGCCGCCGGGCGUGACCAAAACGUGUCACAUAGUCAAGCGACCCGAUUUCGAUGGUUAUGGCUUCAAUUUGCACUCGGAAAAGGUGAAGCCGGGCCAAUUCAUUGGCAAAGUUGAUGCUGAUUCGCCAGCUGAGGGCGCCGGACUCAAGGAGGGCGAUCGCAUACUGGAGGUCAACGGGGUAUCCAUUGGCAGCGAGACACACAAACAGGUCGUGGCCAGGAUCAAGGCCAUUGCCAACGAGGUGCGACUCCUGCUCAUCGAUGUCGAUGGCAAGGCAAUUGAGAUGCCAGCUAAACCAACAGUGGCAACAGCAGCAGCAGCAGCAGCAUCAGCCGUAGCAGUAGCAGCAUCGCCUCUGCCAUCGCCUGUGAGCAACGGGAGCGGCAGCAGUUGUCCAGCGAGCUAUGAGGGCACCAAGCAGGAGUUGCCCGGUGCCAGUGCGAAUAUCAGUAGCAUCAGUGUGACCAGCACAAAGCGGACUUCGAAUGCGAGCAGCAUUCAAAGUGGCAGCACAAUGAAUGCCAGCGAUAUGGAUGUUGUCGACAGGGGCAUGCCACCGGUUGUGGCAGCAGCAGCGCCCAUUGCAGCGCCAAUCGUUGCACACAAUGGUAACAAAUCGCCAAUCAUCAACAACAACAACAACAGCAGCAGCAACAACAACAAUAACAACAACAACAAUAGCGAUAGCAACACAAACAAAAUGAUGAACACUCCACCGCCGCCGUCAGCCACCGUGGCCAAUAUGAAUAACAAUGGCAGUGUCUACAGCAGCAGCAGCAGCAGCACCACCACCACAACAACAACAACGAAAACAACCACAACAACCACCAACGGCAGUGUCAAUGGCAAUGGCAUGACCACGCCCACCACAAUGCCUGCAGUUGGCGCCACCAAUGGUGGCAUGAAUCGAGCCGGCAGCUUGAAUUUACCGCUAACCGUCGCUGAAAUGCGCGCCAAGCUGGCCUCCAAAAAGAAAUACGAUCCGAAGAACGAGAGCGUCGAUCUAAAGAAGAAAUUCGAAAUUAUACAAAAGCUCUGAGAGCCGCACUUCAAAAUACCCUUAACCCUUAACAAAAAAAAUCAUUGCACACCAUUCUAAACGCAGUACUUGUUAUUAUUUUACACACAAAGCGCACAAAAAAAAGAAGUGAAAAAAAAAUAGAAAUGAAAAUGAGCAAAACUAAAAUAUUAUAAUGAUAAUAAUAAUAUGAAUGAGUUUUCGUAUUUUUUCUUUAGCUACGGCAGGCAUAUACACUUCGUAUAUACUUUAUAAACUACCUAUGUAUUUAGUAUGCAAAAGUCACUUAUGAAUUAAGCAAGUUUUUAAGAUACUUUUUCGUCCCUGCAACUAGACAAAACAGUAACCCUCAGCGAACCGUAGCCCACAGAAAUCUAUCGAAAACAAAUAAAAACUCUUUAAAGUAGUUAAAACACAA